AUGAGCGACAAACAAGUGCUCUUCUCACCAUCCCUUCUCUCAUCCGAUAUCACUGCUUCUUUCCCAGACGGUUUCGUAAUUCGACCGCUAGAAAGGGGGGAUUAUCACAAAGGCUUCUUCGACUGCUUGCGAGUGCUUACAUGGAUCGGAGAUGUCGACGAGGCUGACUUCCUUGAGAGGUAUGAUGAGAUGUUAGAAGCCAAGGGCACCUAUUACUUUGCAGUAAUCGAGUACGAGGGCCGUAUUGUUGGAACGGGUGCUCUAGUAGUAGAGAAGAAAUUCAUUCACGAGCGGGGCAAAUGUGGCCAUGUGGAAGAGAUCUCCGUAACUAAGGAGCAUCAGGGCAAAGGCCUUGGUCUGAAGAUGAUCAAGGCCCUGGACGCUGUAGCUAUGAACUUGGGAUGCUACAAGAAUAUCCUCAACUGCGGCCCGCGCAAUGAACCCUUUUAUGUCAAAUGUGGGUACAACAACUCUGGAAUAGAGAUGUCGCAUUACUUCGAGGAUGAACGCGACGACUAUCACCGAGGCUGA